AUGCUCUUUCGACUGGGUUAUCAUCUCGAGAAGAAGCAUUUACCGAGAGCGGAUUUGGAUGGAAACGUGGCGAAUUACGUUGAGACAGAGCAACUUGUGCAGUUCAACAAGAGCGUCGCGUCAUUUGUUCUCACGCGUGGCUCAAUCCCUUUCCAGUGGACACAACGGCCCAACAUCAAGUACAAGCCUAAGCCAAAACUCAACAAUCAAAACGACCAGUUGCUCAUCUACAAGCGUCACAUCGACGAGCAAGUAGUCCUCUACGGGCGCCAAGUGCUUGUCAAUCUGAUCGAUCAAAAAGGGGGCGAAAAGCUGCUAGAAUCGCAGUUCUCUGACAUUUAUCACAGAGCAGAUAAUAAGAAAGUGCGUUACGUGCAUUUUGACUUCCACAAGGAGUGUUCAAAAAUGCGCUGGCAUCGGCUUUCUAUUCUCAUGGACAAAUUAAAACAAGAUAUCGAAGAUCAUGGAUACUACUUCUCGACGAACGAGUCCACUCUUCAAAGACAGACUGGAGUGUUCCGAGUCAACUGCAUCGAUUGCUUGGACCGCACAAAUGUAGUACAGUCCAUGCUGGCAAAAGUCAUUCUUGAAGAACAGCUCUUGAAACUGGGUGUUUUCAAACAAGGAAACCUUCUUUCGUCCUUCCCGGAAUUCGAGUCCACUUAUCGAAACGUGUGGGCCGACAAUGCAGACGCCUGUAGCACGCAGUACUCCGGAACCGGAGCGCUCAAGACAGACUACACAAGAGACAGUGCUCAACUCAAAGUGCGCAUUAUUCCCAUUCUAGCGCUGGUCUCACUCUCCAUGGCUAUCAUCGGUCUUUUGCUGCCUCCAAGCGAGUCUCUACUAGAGCAAAUGCUCUUCAUUUGCUUCUGGAUUCUAACUGGGGUGGGCUCGUGCUUCUAUGUGCUCCGUCACGGGCCUUAUUACGUUAACCAGCCCCUGCUGGUGCACAAGCUUCAAAAGGAUAUAUGA